AUGUCUCGAGUCAUCGAUCGCAUGCCCAAGCCCACAACCCCUAGGGAAAAGAAGGUUAUCGUCCUUAGCUAUCCUAGAAAUGGCACCCUCGGCCUCUACAAAGCCUUCACGAUACUGGGCUACAACCCGUACCACCUCCUCACCACUUGGAACAAUGGCAUAGAGCACAUUAAGAUAGCGAGAGAAGGACUAGAAGCUAAGCUGGACGGCAAGGGAAAGCCUUACGGUCGAGAGGAGUUUGACAAAUGGUUCAGCGAAAAUGGGACCAUGAUGGACAUUGCAGCCUUCUUUGCACCCGAGCUUAUCAAGGCGUAUCCCGAUGCCAAGUUCAUCCUCACGUCUCGAGACCCCAACGCGUGGAUGCGGUCGGUCGAAAACACGAUCAUGAAGGCCGAGAUGAUGAGCUACGGCUUCCCGGUAUGGUACAUGAAGCAGAUCGACACGUACACUUACGAGAUGGCCAAGCUCACCAGCUGCCUGGGGCGGUUCCUUUGGAAGAGGACAAAGGAUGAUCCGGUAGACCUCCACUCGAGGGAGCGGGCCAUCAAGGGAUACCUGGAAUACAACGAAAUGGUCCGCAAGCUCGUCCCUCCUGGACAAUUGCUCGAGGUGAAGCUCGAAGAUGGCCUCGGCUGGGAACAGAUCUGCCCGUUCAUUGGCGAGGAUAUCCCCGACCAGCCCUACCCGAGGGCCAACGAUCCCAAGGAGUUCGAGAGACUCAUAGGCGAGAUCCUCAAACCGGCCUGGAGGAGGACCUUGGUGAAGUAUGCGACUGUGUUGAUUCCGGUAGUCGGAGGCGCGAUAUGGUAUCUUAGGCAGCGAAAGUGA